ACACACACAGACACGUACAUAUAUAUACACACAAAACAUUUUAUUUAUAUAUAUAUAUACAUAUAUAUAUAUACACUAAGUACUACUACAUUGUCACAUUGUCUACUGCCAAGUGAUACAAAGAUCAGCGAUGUUGACAUUGGGAUUGUGAUGGCUUGUAUUAAUUAAGAAAAAUCAAGAGAGCCUGCGAUUUUAUUAUGCUAUUGUUCGAAUUGUUACGUGUACGUGCGAGAAUAUAAUGGCUAGAAUGAGAAUAGAGGAUCGGAACGCCUAAGAAGUGAGGAUACGGUGGUGGAAGAAGAUUGGAGGGGCGAGAAGAGAGAGAAAGAUCGGAGGAGGACGAAGAACAAGACGAAGAAGAGGAUUAGUAACAACGGGGGAAGUAGACAGAAGAAGAAAGAAGUAAGAAAGUGCGAAGAGGAGGCGGCAGAGAGGAAGAGUGGGUAGUAAGAGAUGGAAGAUGAGCGAGGAAGGUUGGUACGAAAGUGAGUGUGAAUGGGGAAAAUAUUACAAGUACAUAUAUAGCGAAGAAUUCGAACAGUUUCUCCUUUCUUCCCGCGUGGCGAAGUAAGGAGGGACUAGAAGAAACUUGUUUUACAAAUGUAUGCUUGCGUUGAGUGGGCAUGUGUGCUUGUGGUAAGUAUGUAUGUAUUAUGCGUGUCUAUUCGUGUGCGUGGAGCGCGCGAAGCGCCGCUAGACCUUCUAUUGUUGGUCUAUAAUGUGUACAGUCAGUGAAACUAUUAUUAUUAAGUGUUCGGCAGGUUUUAUGAAAAUCGGAAACGAAACGUUAGAGAUCUCAACGGUUCUGCGUGACGAGGAAUGUAUCUCGCACUUGUUUUGAUCGAGGGCCGCUGAGGACCGAGAUACGAAGCGGAGAUAAAUAGAGAGAGGGGGGGAGAGAGAAGUGAUCGAGAUAAUACGAAUUAUAAUGGGAGAAAACAAGUUAUUGAAAAUUGAUUAGAAAAGAUAUUCGUUUGUAUAGAAAAAUUUGUAACGAUAGCUUCGACAUAGUGAGAAAAUUAGGAUCUAAAUUGAUAUCGUACUAGAAUUUAUUCGGUAGGUUUUUAUUUUCUCUCUCAUUGUUUUCUCGCUUUUCUCCUUUUUUGUUCUCCUUGUUUUAUGUUUGGAGCGUCGAACAGAGAAAGAGAAAGAGAACCGUUGAACGGAAUCAGAAUUAACGAAACGAGUAGAGAAAAAAAGUUGAAUCAAACUUUUAAAAAAAAUGAUUAUAGCUUAUAUAUUGUGUUUCGUCUUUAUUUUUAUCUUUUGUCAAAAAUUUUACGAUUCCAAAUUUUUAUGUCGCGUCGUUCAACACGCGCGACUCUUGCCACGAGCUGGUAGUUUUUCUUCAUUAUCUUUAUUUUUUUGUAAAAAAAAAAGGAAUUAAGAAAGAAACGACUGACUACUGAAUUUGAUAUAUAAUGAUAGUCACGGAUUGAUUUAGGAUGUGUAAAGAGUACGCAGCGUUUAUAAAUGCAUGAAUCACACACAGCACACAUUUGGGUGUUGACUCGUUGUUAUUGUUAGCCUGUUAGUUAAUUAGUAAGAGUUGUAAAUGCGGGCUAUAGUUGGUCCCUGUCCCUGGAGCCCAGACACCCCCUGUUCUGGAGAAUAAUCUAAGAAAAGAAAACAUAAGUGCAGCCUAAAUACCGUUUUUACACAUACCCCCGAACAGUGACGAAAAAGAUACAUAAACGAUACGAGAAAGAUGAAUUCAUUUGUAACGAAGUGACUGCAUAUCACCGUAUUGUCUUAUCGUGUAGCAUCAUCAUCAGCAGCAGCAGCAACGACUAGAAUUAUUAUACUUUGGCCCCGGUUCGAUGAACGAGGGAGGCACGCAGGAGCUGUAACGCGAGAGGAAUAUAGAGCGGCGGCGAGAGAGGUGCGAAUCGUGCAAAUGGAAAUAAUAAAGAGGAAUUUCAAGGAAGCAGGCAACGAGCAAAAAAAAUGCACACACGAUAUAUACCUAUCUGUCGAAAGUUUGAAACAGAAGCGAUCGAGCACUGUAAAAAUGGAAUGAAAUAUCUCUCGUCAUCAUCGAUACACGAUCGGUUACUUUUAAACUUUCACAUCGACCAACAUUUUGUUGCACCUAUCAUUUCUAUUCGCUUAAGUAACUCGAAAUCUAUUUCGUCAUCGACGCGAGUUUAUUACGAUGACGUAUAGCUAAAAUAUCUAACUAUCAAGGUUCCCUCACUUUUACUUCCUGUCCCCAGUCAUGCGACGAUCGUUUGAACGGAAGAAGAAUCUGAUGAGAGAAAACGGACGAGUGAACGAACGAGAGAAAAGGAGUGAGAGAUGGAUGGAUGGAUGGGUGCGAGGAUGAUACACGUUUGGAUGAAUGGACGGAUCAGCUGUUUCAUCCGGACUACGAACGGACGACAGUGAUGAAUCGAGUGACUGAUUCGAGGUGAGUGGAAGCGAGAGAGCAGAGGGAAACAAGACGAAAGUCAGCAGUUGAGCGACAACUGUUCUUAUCCAUACCGAUUAUCAUUAUUUGCCUUUAAUUCAUUUAAACCCCUUCCCCCGUAACCAAUUGUUCAUUUAACGUAUUUUAUAUCUAUCUACCCCUAUUUACCUACACACCUGUAUUUAUAAAAACAUAAUAUCAAGGAUACAGUAAUAUUAAUAUUAAUACGAUACGAUAAGGAUGAUAUUGCUAAUAAUACUGAGUGGGUUUUCGUAACAUAAUAACGUUUCAAUAUAAAUUCUGGUUUUCCUUCGAAAUUGCGAUAAAGGAAAAUUACAUACUUUAUAAUAAAGCAAGCAAGCAAGCAGGCAGGCAGGCAAGCAAACAAGUAUGAAGCGUGGCUUGCGAGGGGAGGACGGAAGAGAGAAAGAGCGAAAGGAAGCGAGCGAGUAAACGAGCGAACGAGUGACCGAGUGACCGAGUGAACACGAGAGAGGAAGAGAGGUACGAAUGGGAAUAAAGAGAAGAAAAGUUCAGCUUGCGGGGGCAAGGAAGCAUAGCCAGGCAAAGCGGAGGCAGUUCACGGUGACGAGACUUUAGACUGAUCUAGGUACUAGCGUUACGAUAUUGGCCCUACCCCGGUGUCAAGGCGCCCCAAACAUUAUCAUGUAUCAUUUACCUUUUGCUAUUUUAUACAUAUAACAAAUACAUUGACCGGUGUGUGGCAGCUGGGGUGCCUGGGGGGUUAUCGGUCGCAUUUAGGAUAAUGCACCACUGUGGCUGACGAUGCUGUAGCCGCGCGCACCUUUUUACCCGGUCGUUGCCCUAAUUCGCGGCACACAUCCUUGGGAACUUGACUCUUUUUGGUUGGCCCGUGUCAGGCGAAUGUUGUGUGAUUUUUGGGUCGCUCAAUUUAUGUUAACAACGACCCAAACACGUGUUUUUUAAUUAUAUAUAAAUAUAUUAUAUAUUAUAUUCCUGCGAAUAUGCAUUUUGUGACGUGAUGUUAUUUAGCACUAAUGAGGAAAACAAAUAACAAAAGUGAACAAUUGUACGAAAAGAAUAGGAAGGAAAAAUGUUUAAAAAAAAGUGGAAAAAAGAAAUACAUUCAACAAACAAACCGGAAGUAUAUAAUACGUAACAGACUAUUCACACACGAACAUAGUAUACGGUUUAUGUUUCUCGCGCCACACAUGCCACGUGUCAGCUCCACGGCUAAAAGUGAACGAAAAGAAAAAAAGGAAAAAAAAAAGAAAUUUCACACGACCAAAUUCUUCUAUCGUUGAUAUAAUUGCGUUUUCAGAUUUAUUUUUUUUUUAUUAUUCAUCAUCUUCCAAUUGCUUUGCUUUUUUUUAUAAUUCCCGCAAUUUUAAAACGUUGUCCUUAAUUUUAGUGUGACGUAGUUGAACGUAAUGAUUAUUGAUGAAUUUAAAACAAUGUUGAAAUGGUUCCUUUUUCGGGCUAGGAGCUUGAUUUAAAGUGUCAAAGAUUUUUGUGUAUGACCAGAUGUAUUCUACAUGUCUCAAUAAACAGUUGUAUGUGAAUUACCUUUCUUAAACGAUGUUUACAUUAUUAUUUAUACGUCGUUAAGGUGUGCACCUUUUUACAGUUUAUGCCGUUCUGACGAUUUGAUCAAUUAAAUUGCAUGCGCGGAUAUACGAUCUUUCGUCUGCUUCGUUCCAGGGAGGCCGUCGAACGAAACUAUUCGCAAACCAGCUGUUCUCACAGUUUCUCAUAGUAAGUUUGUUAAUGAUACAGAUUAAUCUUUCCUCCCACUACGCUGGCGGUGGGAGCAGGGGUGGCCGGCGGUUGCCCUAGUUAGGAGAGCGACCCCUGACCAGCGCUCGAGGGCUGCGCGCAAGAGGAGACGGGAGAUAGCCGCGACCAGCAUCUUUAGCUUCCGAGUCUCUCGGUAUCUCCAGGUAUCUCGGGCCGAUACCUCCGCGCUCCUCCUAAAGAUAGACUCGUUUCUUGCCUGUAUUCUUUUCAUUUUUAGGCAUCCUUCUCAAGAUGCGUUCACCCUCGUGUACACCCACCGCAUCGUAUUCGACCAGCCCCAAGUUCCUGUUCCUCGAUUCUCGCGUUAUUUGAACGUCCUACCCUGUCCGACGAUAAUGAUUUGAUUUCCCGUUCGGAUUUCGGAGUGCCAGCGAUACGAUAACGAAGAAUUAAAAUUAAGGAACGACAAACUGCUCCUACGAAUGAUCUUUGAGUCAUCAUAGAUUCACCAACGUUCUGGUCUAUCGUUAAACUCCUCGUACCUUCGAAACUGAAGAGAGAAAAGGAGUGUAAGAGCUCGAUUCCAGUUGCUGGAGAACAGUUCCAAGAUGAUCUCAGGGAUCGAUUCGCUACUUCGCUCUUCCUGUGCACGGAACAGAGACUGACGGUAUGGUAAACUCCCAGCUGCCACUGUUCACGAUCCCCGUACGAUUGUAUCACGGUUUCGGUCGAACCGAUCGAGCAAAAUGCGAAUCCGUAUACUCAGGAUGCAGCAUGACAUCGAUACUCCGGCAGGUUUCCGGAAAUAGUCUCGUUCCCAUCGUGUUCAUCUUCUCGUUGCUACUCUGUCCUCGCAGCAGCACAGAAUGCGAUCAGAAGUUUAUAAGCACACCGGACGGUCCGACGAAUGGAACGUUCUACGCUCCGACGUUAAUAAAUCCUGAGAAGGAGUCACGGCAAUGCGUGUACAUAUUUUUCGCUGGACCACGGCAAAGGGUAGAGUUAAAAUUCGAUCGGUUCGGGCUUCGGGGCGACCCACCGGCCGGAUCCGCCGUUGGAGAGUUACCUUCUUGCGUUCACGAGUACUUGGAUUUGUACGUGGAGCUACGUUCGGAGAACACCAGCAAGCUGGUAGAAACGCCGUUUGGCGGACGCUUCUGCGGCCCGAUCCCACCUCGCAGACGCGUUUCGCUUUACCAGGGAAUCGCCUUCAGUUUCUUUACCAACAAGAACAUUACGCUGCCGAACCUGUUCAGCGGCACUUACGCCUUCACCAAUGCGUCCGAGUACGAGGUGGGAACACCAGCUCCUAGUUCACCGUGCACUUUCACGGUAGACUCGGAACACAAGCGUAACGGCAGCAUACUGUCCCCCACGUAUCCGGGCACGUAUCCGAAAGGUCUCACGUGCAGUUAUCAGUUUAUCGGGAAGCCUGGCCAGCGAGUACGGUUGGAGUUUCGGGAUUUCGAUUUAUAUUUCGGCGGUCAACAUUGUCCACUGGAUUACGUGAAAGUGCACGACGGUCUGGACAACACGUCGGCUGUGAUAGGGACGUACUGCGGGCAACAACGAAAUUUGGUACUGUACUCGUCGGAAUCGAACCUGUACGUGCUCUUUGUCACCCUCCAACGUACGGCGAACACGCAGAACCGCGGGUUCAAGGGUAUCUUCGAGUUCUCCGAGAGUUUCGUCAAUCUACACUUCAUUACGUCUUUCGAGGGUGAGCAUAUACGGGGAUCGGAGUGCGAUCAAAAGAUAUUGAGCAAGAAGGAGUCUUCGGGGCACGUCGUCAGUCCGAACUUCCCGUAUCCAUACAUACCGAAGGUCGUAUGUCGGUACUUCAUUUACGGAAUGCAAGACUCGCAACACCUUGAACGCGUUCGGCUAGAUUUCUUAACGUUCAAGAUACCAAAAAACGAGUCAGUCGGAGAUCAAGCGUGCGUAGACGGAUAUUUGAAGUUAUAUCUAAAGGGGCAAGAGGCGACCGAUUCUUACGACAAGUUCGACUACGAACUGUGCGGCGUGAACAGCAAUCCGAGCCAAGUGGUCAGCGACGGACCGAGACUCGUGAUGGUCUUCAGCAGCGGUGAGACUCAGGGACACGGAUUCAAAGCACGAUACAGAUUCGAAACGGAAUAUAAGAUACCGGGAACCGCGGCUCCCGAUGGCAGCUGCACCUUCACCUACCGCAGUUCCUCUCGCAAGACAGGAGACUUCAAUUCCCCGCGGCAUCCUAGCAAUUACCCGAGCGACACUAUUUGCACUUACAUCUUCCUAGCGACGCCGAACGAGCAGGUCGCUUUGAUAUUCGACGCUUUCAAGGUCCGGACGACGAACACGAACGUCACGGGUGGACAUUACGGACUGGAAAUAUGCCAAGACGAUUGGUUGGAGAUAUACAACAUGUACCGGGACGAUACGGAAAAGUUGAUAGGUAGAUACUGCGGUGGCACGGCUCCGGGGCCGGUAGAGUCGAAUCUGGGCGCCCUCGGCUUGAAAGUGAUCCUACGCUCGGACUCGGAACUGGUCUACAGCGGUUUCAAGGCGCGUUACACUUUCGAAGUGGCGAAACCAAUUUUCGGAGAUUGCGGGUCGAACAUAAGCAGCCUGAAUUAUGGAAUCAUCGCCAGUCCGAAUUUCCCGGACAACUACGAAGGACCCGCGAGGAACAUGGCGAGUAAAACCUGCAACUGGUUCAUAAGAGUCGGUCCGAAUCAGCGAAUACUGUUGAACUUCGAAUCGUUCUCGGUCGAGGGUGAUCAAUCAGCUCGCGGUUGUCCUGCCGCGGUGCUUCGCAUGUGGCAUUCGGCGUCCUCCACGCCCGUCGAACUGUGCGGCGUUAAAGGCCCGGACACCGAAUGGACCUAUCUCUCCGAGGACAAUAAUAUGCGGCUCAGCUUCAUAUUGGCCGACAAAGCGGUGGGACAGCAAGGUUUCAGAGCGACGUGGACCGAAGUAAGCAUAAAUACCAGCUGCUCGAAUCAGUUUCUCUGCAACAAAAGUAAAUACUGCAUCGCAGAGUCGCUUCGGUGUAAUAACAUUUAUAAUUGUGGCUCGGCUGACACUUCGGACGAAGAAAACUGCGAUACAGUUAUAGAGACGCAUAGUUACGUGAUGCCAGUGGGGUGCGCGAUCGGCGCAGCCAUGUUGAUUGCGCUGACCGUUUGUCUCGUCUAUCAUCGAAAAUUAAAGAAACAAGUACAAACGGUUCAUUUGAACGAUCUGCGUCAACGUAUAGACGAGAGGCAUCGAUGCUACCGAAACGAGAGUCUUCUUCAGCACCAUCAUGAGCAUCAUCGUCAUCACUACUAUCAGCAACAGCAGCAGCAGCAGCAGCAGGAACAGCAGCAGGAGGAAGAAGAGGAAGACGAAGAGGAGGAAGGGGAAGGGCAGGAAGAAGAGGAAGAGGAAGAAGAAAAGGAGGAAGAUGAACAAGAGUCUCGUUACCACCACCGGCAUCAUCAUCAUCCAGAUCAAUCGCAUCAACAACAUUAUCAAGAUUUGACCAACAAUUCGAGGUGUUACUUGGAGUCAUCGAUGAGUCCGCCGAGCGAAAGCGAGGAUGCUAGUAGUUUCAAUAGCAUGUGACAUGCCCCCCUCGCCUUUUUCGAGCUACGAUCACGUCUCAACCGUUACGUAUGCGUCGACACAAUCGCGUAUUGGCAUUUGAUGUCCACUGUGUACCUACGAUCGAGCGGUGCGAUUAAAACGCGUGUCGUCGACGCGUACCUCGAAAUUCUAAACCUCGCGUUCCUCCGUUAGAUUGCUAAACAUAUAUGUAUAGUAUACGACAUGUACAUACAUAUAUUUUUACGUCAGGAAUUCGCUUUAACGGUGUAACGUGUAAACACUAGAGAUUCCGUUCGUACUUAACAGAAAUAUUUUAUUCGCGGCUGUAUAAAAUGUAAGUAGUUGGACAAAACACGCACAUAUUUUAUACAGAGCGAGAGGACGACGACAACGUCUUUUUGCGUAACGGAAACGAAACCAACCGCGAUCCCGUCUUGCGUCUCGAAUGCGACGCGCUUCCAACAUUUUUAGGAGACGUCCGCACGAUUCGGCAAACGAAAAUGAAUCAUCGUUCGAACGAGUAUUUAUCGCGUCACCCGUCAUAAAUGUACACGAAGAAGGUAAAUGCUGCCAUUUAUUUUAUAGUAUAGUCGAAUAAUACAAUUUUAUAUAGAUGAAAAGCGAGUGUAACGACGAGAGACCGUGCCGCGAAACGAAGCGCGAAGGGGAACCGUUGUUCUAAAUAAUUGGGUGGGCCUGCUUCGAAUCGAACGAGCUCGAGAGUUUAAAGAUGAAACGGAUGCAAGGAAGGUAUCGUGUUCGACGCACGUUCCUAGACAAAGUUCACGUACGUGACCUAUCUCGUAUCUCUGAAUAAACGAGAAUCCCACAGAAUGAGAAAUAGAAAUAAACGUUGUAAUUGAUUCA